GGCGAAGAGGGUCGGUCCCGGAUGGUGCUCUCCUCGCGGUCGUGGUGCGAGGACGGGCUCCGUCGCGCUCUCGACGAACUCGUCGCCCUCCGCGCCAUGUACGGCGCUGACGAAGGCGACGAAGAGCUCACGAAGUCAUCUCCGACGUCCACAUCCGCGGAGGUAAACGACGUCGCGGUGGAGAUCGCCGAGGACGCCCUACGCAACAACGCGGACGCCGCUCCAACCUCCCUUUCGCACGUCCCGGCGCUGGACGCGACGGUCCGGUUCGGCGGCGGCGGGGCGACCGUCCGCGUCGCGCUUCCCCCCGGGUACCCAACGCGAUCGCGCCCGAUGAUCGUCGCGGAGUGCGCUUCGCGGCAUCGCGGCUCGGACGCUUCUUGGCGCAUGCAGCUCGCGGCGGACGACGCCGUCGAAGCGUCGGGAUGGGGAGAAGCCAUCCGCGCCGGCGUCGAACGGGUCGGCGACCCGGGGAGGAGCGACCCCGACCCGAGCGCAUCGCCGUCAUCCAGCGACGACGACGACGACGACGACGGGUACGAGGAUGAAGUUCAAGAAGACGACGAGGAUGGGCUCGGCGAGGAAUGCGCGCUGUCCGCGGUGGAGGCGGCGCGACAAGCCUUCCUCGACUACCUGGCAUCCAUCCCACCGGACGAAGAGCGCGAGGCGAGUUUUAACACCGACGAAUCGCGACGCAAACGCGGCCGCCGGCUGGUGUGGUUCCAUCACGUCAAGAGCGGAAAGAAGCGAAAGAAGAUGCGCGAGUGGUCCGCAGAGUUGUCCGUGGACGGCGUCGUCAAGUGCGGGUACCCCGGCGUGUGCGUGGUGGAGGGAGAGGUUCAAGCGUGCGACGAGUUCGUGCGUCGGUUGAGGGGUCUGGGGUGGUCGGCGAUGUCCGUGAGAGCGGCGGAGGACGACGACGAAGAAUUCGUAGACGACGGAGACGGCGAAGCGCAUAUGGCGUCGAGGCGCGGGCUGCGACGCGGGUGGAGCGAGAUUGGAGAGGACGGGGGGAUGAGCGCGCUCGCGGAGGUGCUGAGGCACGCGAACUUGGAGCGGCUCAUGAGCGCGGCGCUGCGGCAGAACGUGUGA